CUUCCUUUCUCCUUCUUUCCGCGUCCACAUUCCGAAAUGAGCUUGCGGAAGACCAUCGCCUCUCACCUGUCGGGGAAGUUCCCCGCUGACCCUCAGCGUCUGCUGUCCGAGCUGAAUGCCCAGCUCAAGCCCCCAAUGGAUGUGGACCUGCUUCGCCUGCGCGCCGCGGCCUACAUCCACAUGAAGCCCAGCCUUUUUGUCCCGUGCGAUACCGGGGAGUUUGUUGAGCCGGCCGCCGCGCGGCAAGUGUCGCAUGUGGAUGCGGCUCUGCGCGACGCGCUGCACAUCCUGGACAAUUGCACUGGCAAGUCGGCCCACACGGUGGCCGAGCGCCAGCAGGCUGCUCUGAUUGCCGCCUAUUCGGCCUUCCUCCUGCGUAACCUCCCUCUGGCGGAGGAGCUGAUGGCUCGGGCUGAGCGCGAGGGCUAUGCCAUUGCCGAGCGUCCGGCCGCCCUGCUGCGUUCGCAGAUCCUCUUUGAGCAGGGUCAGUUCUCCCGGUGUGUUGAACUCUUGAAGGGCGUUCUAGCUUCCACGCCUCAGGAGAGCCCGGAGUAUGAGAAGAUUUUCGCCAACCUCGUUGCCGCCUGUGCCAAGGGACGCUUGGACUUCCCCGACUCGGAAUGGAUGGAUAAGUCCGCCGCUGCCCGGUACAACGCCGCUGCUUCGCUGGUCCCGACGCUUGAGCAAUUCCGCAAGGGCGACCUGCUGGCCGUGCUGAAGGACCACCCGGAGACCGGCCUGUCUGCCGAGCGCCUGUCCGAGAUCCUGGCCAUCGUCACCGAGGAGCAGCUGGCCCUGGGGGAGCUCCUGGAGGAGGCCCUUCGUCAAUUGGAUAGUGCCUCGAGCCACCUCAAGCAGCAGCUUGAGAAGACUGUGCCUCUGACCGAUGACCAUGGUGCUCGGCAGUCUCCGAGCCAACUGCUUGACCGUGCUCGGCUCCUGGAGGCGGGGCAUUUCAUCCAGGCCUUGGGGACCUAUGCUCGGGCUCGGCAGGCCGCCCUCUGCUCGGGCAUCACCUCCUCCGAGCCUCUGCCCGCUGGCACGGAUGCCGCGCCGCACCUGCGCAAGUUCGUCCGGUCGGUCAACCGCCUGACCGCUCAUCCGUACUAUCGUCGCCGCCUGCCCGGCCCGCUGAAGACCCUUCUCCGGGUAGCGCAAAAGGCGUCCCUUCGUCGGGAGCGUCACCGGCGCGCCAGCAUGUCGAAGAUGACCCCCGCCCAGCGGCUGUCGGCCAAGAGCACGGCGGUUUCGCAGCGCGUGCGCGAGUCCCGCUCCAAGAACGCCAAGGCCCUGCUCAAGUUGAAGAUGCAGCUGCGCGAGGCGGUGGCCCAGCAGCAGGCCGCUUCCGCCGAUGCCAUGGAACUCGAUCAAGCCGGUGGCAAGAACGCCGUGCCAGCUGGCUUUGUCCGGCAUCCGACCGGGGCCUUUGCCCUUGACUCGCUGGCCUCAGGCCCGACCUUUGUGUCUCGGCCCACCCUCGACCCGGAGCGCUGGUUCCCGCCGCAUCUCCGCACCCGGCGCGGCGGCGCGGCCGGCACACGCGGUGCCCGCAAGGCGGCCGUUCAGGCCACCGGAUAUGCCACCUCGCAGGGCUCGACCCAGGUGGACACCAAGCUUUCCAUGGCUUCAGCUCCCGCCUCCUCCUCGACCAGCUCCAGCGGCGGCAGCAAGGGCAAGGGUGGGAAGAAGAAGCGCCGCUGAUCACCUGACGCGUCGCGCCACCGCGAGUUAGAUGCCCACUCUCAGUCCUCUUCCUGCCCCUCGCGAGCGGGGCUGGGGCUCCCCGAUCGUCGCUCAAGCAAGAACACCAGUGUCCGCGCCUCCCGCCUACGUGGGGGAGUACUAAUACACAUACACAUCCAGA